AUGACUACUGAUUCCGCUCAGAGGUUGAAGUGUAAGACGUUUACCGAUUAUUUGAGGAUUAAAGGCGUUGGAUCUUCGGAGAGUACCUCUACAAAUGCAGUUAUUGCUACAGUCAGUCCCCGUUCGCCUCAUCGUACCCAGUUUUCGGCUGCAAUGAAGUUCCACGUACUCUCGAGAGUCACCACAUGUUUGCCAUGCAAGCAUGUGAACAUCCGUCAUCUGAAGCUUCCUUCCAACAAUACGCUGGCGGAUCCCGGGUUCAACGUCCCUGGACCAAUUGAUAUGAUCAUCGGAGCGGAGCAUUUUUAUGAGCUGUUAAUGGAGGAUCGUCGAAGAUUGGAAGGCAGUGAGGCAGUCAUUCAGAAGACCGUUUUUGGAUGGAUCGUGUCUGGCGUCGUCGAGAUAAAUUUAGCUGCUUUGCCUCAAGUAGUGAGCAACGUCAACUUGUCCGAAGCAGAGUCCACCAGGCGCAUCCAGGAGCAACUCGCAAGGUUUUGGGAGCUGGAAACAUGCCAUGUGAAGAGCACGCUGUCGAUCGAAGAGUCUGCUUGCGAAGAAUUAUUCAAGAAGACUACAUUUCGUGAUGAAGCGGGAAGGUUCGUUGUUAGUUUGCCCAAGAAGCCAGAUAUGAUCGGAAAGUUGGGUGAAUCAAGGUCGAUUGCAGUGAAAAGAUUCCUGGGAUUGGAGCGAAGACUAGAAGCGAACCCAGAAGUGAAGGCUAUGUACGUCGACUUUGUGCACGAGUAUUUGCUGAUGGGUCAUAUGGUGAAAGUAGAAGAGCUGAUAGAAGAUCCACCGGCAUAUUUUUUACCACACCAUGCUGUUAUCAAACCUGACAGUACAACAACCAAGCUGCGUGUCGUAUUCGACGCAUCCUGCCUCACAUCUACCGGCAUAUCAUUGAACGACGCCCUGAUGGUUGGACCAGUGGUGCAGGACGAGCUAUACGACAUCAACAUUCGAUUCAGACUGCACAUUUUUGUGGUAGUUGCAGACGUGGCGAAAAUGUACCGAAUGGUGAAUAUGGCUCCAGCAGACCAGCAAUAUCAAAUGAUCGUUUGGAGAGGUUCGCCCAAAGAGCCAAUUCAUUCGUACAAGUUAACCAUAGUCACGUAUGGGACAGCUUCCGCCCCGUAUUUGGCCACCAAGUGCUUGCAAACUUUGGCGGAAGACGGUACAACAACACAUCCAAUCGGAUCGAAGGUCGUGAAGAAGGAUUUUUAUGUCGACGACAUGUUAUCCGGAGCAGAUUCGAUUGAGGAAGCGAAACAGUUGGUAGCAGAAACAAUCGAUCUCACAAAUUCGGCAGGAUUCAUUUUGAGGAAGUGGCGGAGCAACAGCGACGAAGUUUUGAAAGGAUUGCCAGCUCAUCUGCGCGACGAUGGAGGAAUCAAGGAGCUAGAGUCCUCUAACACAACCAUUAAAACCCUUGGCAUGCUGUGGGAUUCAACCGAUGACUGCUACAGGUUCAAAGUACCGCAAUGGAAUGCUGGUUCCACAAUUUCCAAACGAGUUGUUCUUUCCGACACGGCUCGUAUUUUUGAUCCCCUCGGAUUGGUUGGACCAAUUGUAGUAACGGCUAAAAUCUUUCUGCAAGAUCUGUGGAAGGAGCAAGUUGAAUGGGACGAACCGUUAAGCGAAGAAUUGCAGAACCGAUGGUUGGAGUACCGGAGAAAUCUAAUAAGCCUCGAAUCCAUCACCGUCCCUCGCUGGGUCGGAUGUAAUCCAAAAUGCAUCGAAGUUGAAGUCCACGGAUUCUCGGAUGCCUCCGAAAAGGCCUACGGUGCCUGCCUCUACAUGCGAAGCGUUUGGGAAGAUGACACAAUUGCCGUUUUCCUUCUAACCUCGAAAUCCAAGGUGGCUCCUUUAGAGGAUUUGAAAAGGAAGAAGAAAAAGCAGACAGUUCCACGCCUGGAGCUGUCCGGAGCGUUGCUAAUGAGUCAUCUUAUUGCUCGCUCUGGUGGAAUGGUCCACUUUGGCUGCGGCAAAAUCAUUCAGUAUGGCCCCAGAAUGGCGACGCUUCAACAGAUGAUCAAGCUGCAUUAG